AUGGUUAGGAUUUCGGACACCAUCAAGGAGGACCACCGGUUGCUCCGGGAAUAUCAUGACAAGAUCAUCCAUGCGGGAGACGAAGACACGGGCACCCGUUGGGGAAACAAGUUUACGUGGGAACUCGCUCGUUAUACCGUAGCGGAAGAGCUUGUUGUCUACCCAGCUUUGGAAAGCUAUAUCGACCAUGGGAAGAUCAUGGCAGACAAAGAUCGCCGAGAGAACCAAGAGAUCAAGGAACAGCUGUACAAGUUCCAGAGAAUGUCCGCUCAGGAUUCGGAGUUCCGCCCGACGCUGGAUAGCAUCAUGGAACGUCUGAAUAAACAUAUUGAAGAAGAAGAGGACGAGGACCUAGCUUCUUUGGAGUCUGUCAUCCAGCCAGACGAGUCGAGAUCUUUGGCCAAAAAAUUCGAGCGGACCAAAAUGUUCGUGCCAACUCGUGCACAUCCGCAUGCUCCCAAAAAUACGACGUUUGAGUCUGUGGUGAGCUUUUUGGAGGCUCCUCUCGACAAACUUGAGGAUAUGAUGAGGCGAUUUCCCGAGUCGGAGGAGUAA